AUGCCGAAAGCUCACUGGUACGCGGUACGAGUGGGUCGACGUCCAGGUGUAUAUGCGACUUGGCAAGACACUGAAAAGCAGGUCAAAGGGUUUCCGGGUGCUAUCUACAAGUCCUUCCCACACUAUAAAGCAGCAGAGGGAUGGCAAAGAGCGGGCAAUCGCCUUGACAGGUCGGCUCUUCCUUCUUCGCUCUCACGGAAAAGCUCCAAAAGUCUGGUGACAGACGAAGAACUUGAUUCCAAUACCUCCGAAAAACCAUUCAAACUUGUCAAAGCGGUCAACAGAUCCAAUUCGGACCCAUUUCCUGCUAAAAAUGACACCGUCAUUCCCCCAGCUGCGUCUGAUCCUGAUCUUUCACCUCAACAGCAAGAGAUCUUGAGAAGGAUAAUGGAUGGGGAAAAUUUCUUCUUCACUGGUUCUGCAGGUACCGGAAAAUCAGUUCUACUUCGCGCAAUAGUCAAAGCUUUCAAAGAACACGAACGAGCUGAAGAAGCCAAGGUGGAGGAAGGAUGGAGGAGAUAUCUUUCUGGACAAGACAAAGAUCAGGAGAAAGGUGGAAGGAAAAGAUGGAAAUUAGGUGUGACUGCCAGUACAGGUAUGGCCGCUGUGAACAUUGGAGGUACAACGCUACAUUCGUGGUCAGGUAUUGGCCUGGGUGAACUACCUGCGCAGAAGCUAUACGAGAACAUCUUGCGAAAUAAGAUUACUGCGAAGAGAUGGAGAACAACAGGGGCUGUGGUGAUCGAUGAAAUCUCGAUGAUCGAUGCUAAACUCUUCGACAAACUGGAAAUUAUCGGUCGUAAACUACGUGGAUCUUCCGCUCCAUUUGGUGGCCUUCAAAUAAUACUCUCCGGCGAUUUCUUUCAGCUUCCCCCAGUGACUAAAGGCUCUUCGAUUAACUGUAACUUUGCAUUCGAAGCAGAGUCUUGGAAUCGAGUAAUUCCAAAGGAGAACAUGACUGCUCUUACCAGAGUCUUUCGGCAAAAGGAAGACAAAUUCGUUAAAAUAUUGGAAAGUAUGAGAAGAGGAACGAUCAGUCAUGGCGACGUGGACAUUCUCCGAGGGCUAAAGAGAGACGUGGAAUAUCCUGAAGGUAUAGAGCCGGUAGGAUUGUACCCGCAAAAAGCAGAAGUUACUUCAAUAAAUUUAGCUCGCCUUGAAGCCUUGGAUACUUCCUUGAAGGUUUUCAUGUCUUGUGAUAUCCCUGGUGUCAAUUCUCGCGGAUUUGCUUUAGAUGACAGACAAGCCACAGAAUCGUGUAACAAAAAUACUAUUUGGGCACAGGAACUGGAACUGAAAGUCGGCGCUUUGGUUAUGCUGGUGACUGACGGUGUGCUCGUCAAUGGAUCCACAGGGACCGUUGUAGACUUCAUGACCCUUUCCGAAGCCAAGGCAGCCGAAAUAUAUCCUCCCGCAAACAAUUCCGGCUCGAAUCCAGAUCAAAAGGUUGCCUGGCCAGUGGUGGAAUUUGUUCCCUCUAAAUAUGCCAGUGGCAGAUUAGCUAAAAAGGUCAUAAUACCUCAGAUGCAGGUAGACGUGCUAAAUGCUUGGGGCUCGCCAGAAGCUACAAGGCAUCAAAUACCAUUGAUUCUAGCUUGGGCUUUGACGAUUCAUAAAUCCCAAGGGCAGACUUUGGAAAGAGUCAAGAUCGACCUCAACAACAUCUUCGUAGAAGGUCAGACAUACGUAGCUAUUUCUCGAGCUGUAAGCUUAGAUACACUGCAGAUCAUGAAUUUCUCAGCGAGCAAGGUGAUGGCUCAUAAUCGAGUUAUCGAGUGGGCCAGGCCUUUCGAACAGGAACAAGAAGAAGAGGAAGAAUGGGACGAUCUCAUGGCCAAUGCUGAGCUGGAUUUUUGA